GAUAGACCUAUCAAACACAGUAAUGAGCCUCCCCGAUAUGUUUCCGAAAAGACAAUGAUGUAAUCAUUAGGCCUACUCCAGCACAUCAUAUCCGUAUCUGUCACUUGAGCCCUUGGAUGCGCCUCUGUCCUGCCAGCCUGGUCGACUCGCCUACACUGCCAGUUGUGUUGCACUCCCCCAUCUGGCAUAGACAAGGCGCAGCGCGCCUCAGAGAAAGAAACUGACGUGUUUUGCGCAUUUCCUGCACCAGUGUUUAGACGGUCGGAGGAGAAAAGGGAGGUGUGCAGGAAACCAACAACAGCAACGGCGAGAAAACAGCCUGGGAGUAUAAGGAGCGAACAGAAACCAAGAACAGCAACGACGAGAAAACAGCCUGGGAGUUUAAGGAGCAAACUGAAACCAAGUACAGCAACGGCAAGAAAACAGCCUGGGAGUAUAAGGAGCGAACAGAAAUCAAGAAAACCACAACAGUCGACCUGCAACUAUACACUGCUUGAGCAAUUCACAAGUCGGGUAGCCGGUUUGGGAAACAUCCCAGAUGCUCGGCGAGGAGGCAGCAGUCUCUCCCAACCGUGGAAUACGAGUGUUUCCAAAGCCUAGUGGAGUUGCCGAGGAUAGUUUUGAUAUAUUUUGCUCUGUCGUGUUGCGGUUUGGGUAGGCUGUUGACAUUCCAACUGCUGCAUGGUCGUAUUUUUCCUUCAUAUAAGCUUCUCAAGACGUGUAUUUAUUAUAUUCAAAAGAAAGGCUUUGUCUGGUUAAACGCCAAAUGUGGAUUAUCAUUGGGAAAUCCAAGGCUGCCAGAGAGCAAAAACGAGACAAUUUACUCUCACUAGACUGUUUCGGGAGGACUGAUUUGCAUCCGAUUGGUAGGCUAUGUGUGUACUAGAGUGAGACGGGACAGCAUUUUCCCGUUACAUUCAAGUCUCAACCCAUUCAAACCGUGGUCUUAAUUUGAGGAUUCAAACAAUACAUAAAACUAGGACAAAUGAUUUAUGACCAGUUGAAGUGUUUGGGUUAAAGGAAUAUAUUGUAAACAACCACUCUUGUUCCAAGUCCUAUUGAGGAGGAUUACAUCACCGCCAUGGUGGUUUUCAAUGGGUUAUUGAAGAUCAAGAUUUGUGAGGCGUUGGACUUGAAACCGACAGCUUGGUCUCUCAGGCAUGCGGUCGGCCCAAAGACCCAGACUUUUCUCUUAGACACAUACAUUGCACUAAACGUGGAUGACUCGCGUGUGGGCCAAACUUCCACCAAACAGAAAACCAACAGCCCUGCGUGGAACGACGAGUUCGUUACGGAGGUGCAUGACGGAAGGAAAAUCGAACUGUCGGUGUUUCACGACGCGCCAAUUGGAUAUGACGAUUUCGUGGCCAACUGCAUCAUACAGUUCGAAGAUAUAUUGCAGAAUGGCAGUAAGCACUACGAGGAAUGGAUUGACUUGGAGCCUGAGGGGAAGGUGUACGUCAUCAUGGACCUGUCUGGAUCCUCUAGUGAAGCUCCAGGCUCCAGUGAGAAUGCAGAGGAGCGUGUGUUUCGGGAGCGCAUGCGGCCUAGGAAGAGGCAGGGUGCCGUACGAAGGAGGGUCCAUCAGGUCAACGGACACAAGUUCAUGGCCACCUACCUGCGGCAGCCUACCUACUGCUCCCACUGCAGAGACUUUAUAUGGGGUGUGAUUGGGAAACAGGGCUACCAGUGUCAAGUGUGCACAUGUGUAGUCCAUAAGCGCUGCCACGAGCUCAUCAUCACAAAAUGUGCUGGGAUGAAGAAAGACAAAGAGGACACCACACCAGAGGAGGUUGGGUCCCAGCGGUUCAGCGUUAAUAUGCCUCAUAAAUUUGGAAUUCACAACUUCAAAGUCCUAACCUUCUGUGACCACUGUGGAUCGCUACUGUGGGGCCUGCUCAGACAAGGGCUGCAAUGCAAAGUCUGUAAGGUGAAUGUACACAGACGCUGUGAAAGUAACGUGGCUCCUAACUGUGGGGUAGACGCGAGGGGCAUCGCCAAGGUCCUUUCUGACCUGGGGGUCACACCAGACAAGAUCUCCAGCAGUGCCCAGAGGAGGAAAAAGAUAACCCAAGAACCCCAGCAGCCGUUGCCAUGCACCCCCCAGGCAGAGGAGGACCGAUCCAAAUCAGCCCCCACCUCCCCAUGUGACCAAGACCUGAAAGAGUUGGAGAACAUACGCAAGGCGCUGUCGUUUGACCAACGUGGACAGGAACACAAGUCGGCCUCGUCCUCUUCUUCCAGCAAGGUGGCGGUGGGUUCAGAGGGGGGCGAGGCCCGGGAGAAUGGAGAGCUCAAGACUGUCCAGACCAAGAGGAUGACGCUGCAGAACUUCCUCUUCAUCAAGGUCCUAGGCAAAGGCAGCUUCGGAAAGGUGAUGCUGGCUGAGCUGAAAGGGACAGAUGAAGUGUAUGCUGUGAAGGUGUUGAAGAAAGAUGUGAUCCUGCAGGAUGAUGAUGUGGACUGUACCCUGACAGAGAAACGCAUCCUGGCCCUGGCUAGGAAACACCCCUACCUGACCCAGCUCUUCUGCUGCUUCCAGACCAAGGACCGUCUGUUCUUUGUGAUGGAGUAUGUAAAUGGAGGAGACCUGAUGUUUCAGAUCCAGCGCUCCAGGAAGUUUGACGAGACGCGCUCUCGCUUCUAUGCCGCCGAAGUCACUUCUGCCCUCAUGUUCCUUCACCAACAUGGAGUAAUCUACAGAGAUCUGAAACUGGAUAACAUUCUGCUGGAUGCACAGGGCCACUGUAAACUGGCUGACUUUGGCAUGUGUAAGGAGGGGAUCCUCAAUGGAGUUACCACCACCACCUUCUGUGGAACCCCAGACUACAUCGCUCCAGAGAUCCUACAGGAGCUGGAAUAUGGCCCCUCUGUGGACUGGUGGGCUCUGGGGGUGCUUAUGUACGAGAUGAUGGCUGGCCAGCCCCCCUUUGAGGCCGACAAUGAGGAUGACCUGUUUGAGUCCAUUCUCCACGAUGAUGUCCUCUACCCAGUGUGGCUAAGCAAGGAGGCCGUCUCCAUCCUCAAAGCGUUCAUGACGAAGAGUCCAAACAAGCGUCUGGGCUGUGUGAUCACCCAGGGCUUGGAGGAGGCCAUCAAGGUUCAUCCCUUCUUCAAGGAGAUGGACUGGGUUCUGCUGGAGCAGAAGAGGGUCAAACCACCCUUCAAACCUCGCAUUAAAACAAAAAGGGACGUGAACAACUUUGACCAGGACUUCACCCGCGAGGAGCCUGUCCUCACCCCUGUAGAAGACGCCAUUAUUAAGCAGAUCAACCAAGACGAGUUCAAGGGUUUCUCCUACUUUGGAGGGGAGGAGAAUCUGUCCUAAGGCCUGCACACACACCAGACACACAUACAUGCAGGAACACUUGACAUACACACACAUUUGCGAACACACAUACAAACAUACAUACAUGCAAACCAAUGUAUUUUCUCCCAUGCAGACAUACAGAAUUAUAAAAUACACACAGAGUAAAUUAUUACUUUCACACACUCAUUUAAAACUCCGGCCUCAGAUUAGUACCAAGUUCAAAACCUAAACCAGACCAUCUACAGCGCUCUACCAGUAUAUCUGCCUGUAUGUGUCUGUCCAUCAGUGCAUGUUUUCUGGUCCAGAUCAGAGUGGUGGAUCAAACCAAACUCCUUGUGGUGGAGGGUGGCCCUAGGAUUAGCCCCCUGACACUGAAUAUAGCCAGGCCCUUGCCCCCCUGGUCCGGGCUGAUAACAGUGAUGAAAGCUCCUCACAGUCCAGCCCCAAAUGGUCACAAGGCCCUUUCCAGUGGACUAUGAAAUGUACAGGGAAUGUUUGUGUGACGGUGUCAACUUUUUGUGUAUAUAAGGAUUUAAAGGUCAGGGGUUAUGUGUGCUUUGGGCAGGGGUCUUGUUCGACAUGGUCUCCUUACGAUAUGUCAGACUUUCAACUGUUUUGUCAACCAUCCUAGUUCCUUAGUGAGUAUAUGAUACUGAAAUAAUUAUAUUAUUAUAUGAAUCUGUAAUUUCUUAAGCUGUCCUGUAAAUCUCUCAAUGUACUAGAAUGGCCUCCUUCUCUGCCAUGUUUAAACUGGAUGUACUAGAAUGUCCUCCUCCUCUGCCAUGUUUAAACUGGAUGUACUAGAAUGUCCUCCUUCUCUGCCAUGUUUAAACUGGAUGUACUAGAAUGUCCUCCUCCUCUGCCAUGUUUAAACUGGAUGUACUAGAAUGUCCUCCUCCUCUGCCAUGUUUAAACUGGAUGUACUAGAAUGUCUUCCUCCUCUGCCAUGUUUAAACUGGAUGUACUAGAAUGUCCUCCUCUACCAUGUUUAAACUGGAUGUACUAGAAUGUCCUCCUCCUCUGCCAUGUUUAAACUGGAUGUACUAGAAUGUCCUCCUCUGCCAUGUUUAAACUGGAUGUACUAGAAUGUCCUCCUCUACCAUGUUUAAAUGCAAAAAAACGAAUCCAUAGAACCAAUGAUUGUAUUUAAAAAGCUAAAACCAAUUGGUUCACAGUGUCAAUAAGUUUCAAAGUUUCCUCAAGAUCAGAAUGACGGCAGAAUUAGAACAAGUCCAUGUACAUGAAAUGCCUGUUGUGUGUAGCUGCAGAUCAGUUACAUAUUGUAGAUAUGCCCACAGUGUUAUGGUAGUCUAGCUUCAUGUGCUCCAAAUGAAUGUCAUGGGUUUCAAUGUGAACGAUUGUGCUUGUAUGCAUGAGUGAUGGUGGGGAUGCAACUGAAUGUAUUUUUUGUAUUUGUUUUUGUUUUUGUGUGUGUGUGUCAGUAAGUAUACUGCACGUAUGCUAGUUUGUGCGAGUCUGUUUGUGCGUGUGCGACAUAGGCAGUGGGUUCAUGAGAAGGGCCCUCUUGAAGCUUUAACAUUUCAUUGUGUCUGUUUUAUUUCAUUGUGUGUUUUAUUUCAUUUUGUGUUUUAUUUGUCGUGAUUUUACUGAAUUGUCUUGUUGCUCAGUGUCUGAAAUCCUGGAUUUCCCUGCUAUGCAACAAGACUCACAAUCAUGUGGGGGAAGGCAUCACCAGUUGGCCGUGUCGUUCCCUCUGUACAGACCACCUUGUAUAUAGAAGCCUGUGGACUUCUUGGAGAAAUAGAGGUAUCAUCUAUUGCAUGGUUAUGCAUUUGAUGUUAUUGUGUAUUACUAGAAUAUGAAAAAGUGACAAUGUCCAUGUGCAAUAUUCUAUGUCUGUCUGUCUGUUUUUGGUUUCCUUUGCUUUCUUGCCAGGUGUCUUCGCUGUUCUUCCUCCCACUGACUAUUUGCUGUUGUUUUGUAUGGUUUUUACAGUGUAUGCAUGGCUGUUUUCAUUUGCCUGUCUUUAACCCCAUUGAUAGCCAUGUCUAUGUGCUUCCUUCAGAAUGCUCCAUCAAACCACCUCACCACCCCUCUCCUUGCCCUCUCCUUGCCUUCUCCUUGCCUUCUCCUUGCCCUCUCCUUGCCCUCUCCUUGCCCUCUCCUUGCCCUCUCCUUGCCUUCUCCUUGCCUUCUCCUUGCCCUCUCCUUGCCCUCUCCUUUCCCUCUCCUUGCCCUCUCCUUGCCUUCUCCUUGCCUUCUCCUUGCCCUCUCCUUGCCUUCUCCUUGCCCUCUCCUUGCCCUCUCCUUGCCUUCUCCUUGCCCUCUCUCAACUCUUUUGAAGAAAGGUCAACAUUUCUUAUAGCAUAUCUCUUUAAAAAGGUCAACAUUUUCUGUAGCAUAUUUCUUUAAAAAGGUCAACAUUUUCUAUAGCAUACUUCUUUAAAAAGGUCAACAUUUCCUAUAGCAUAUCUCUUUAAAAAGGUCAACAUUUUCUAUAGCAUACUUCUUUAAAAAGGUCAACAUUUCCUAUAGCAUAUCUCUUUAAAAAGGUCAACAUAUCCUAUAGCAUAUCUCUUUAAAAAUGUCAACAUAUCCUAUAGCAUAUCUCUUCAAAAAGGUCAACAUUUCCUGUAGCAUAUUAGAAAAGGUAAACAUUUCCUGUAGCAUAUAUCUUAUAAAAGUCAACAUUUCCUAUAGCAUAUCUCUUUAAAUAAGGUCAACAUUUCCUGUAGCAUAUUAGAAAAGGACAACAUUUCCUGUAGCAUAUAUCUUAUAAAAGUCAGCAUUUCCUAUAGCAUAUCUCUUUUAAAAAGGACAACAUUUCCUGUAGCAAAUCUCUUUAGAAAGUAAACAUUUUCUAUAGCAUAUCUCUUUAAAAAAGGACAACAUUUCCUGUAGCAUAUCUCUUUAGAAAGUCAACAUUUCCUAUAGCAUAUCUCUUUAAAAGAGGUCAACAUUUCCUAUAGCAUAUCUCUUCAAAAAGGUCAACAUUUCCUGUAGCAUAUCUCUUUAAAAAGGUCAACAUUUCCUAUAGCAUAUCUCUUUAAAAGAGGUCAACAUUUCCUAUAGCAUAUCUCUUUAAAAAAGGUCAACAUUUCCUAUAGCAUAUCUCUUUAAAAGAGGUCAACAUUUCCUAUAGCAUAUCUCUUCAAAAAGGUCAACAUUUCCUAUAGCAAAUCUCUUUAAAAGAGGUCAACAUUUCCUAUAGCAAAUCUCUUCAAAAAGGUCAACAUUUCCUAUAGCAUAUCUCUUUAAAAGAGGUCAACAUUUCCUAUAGCAAAUCUCUUUAGAAAGUCAACAUUUCCUAUAGCAUAUCUCUUUAAAAGAGGUCAACAUUUCCUAUAGCAUAUCUCUUUAAAAGAGGUCAACAUUUCCUAUAGCAUAUCUCUUUAAAAAAGGACAACAUUUCCUGUAGCAUAUCUCUUUAGAAAGUCAACAUUUUCUAUAGCAUAUCUCUUUAAAAGAGGUCAACAUUUCCUAUAGCAUAUCUCUUCAAAAAGGUCAACAUUUCCUAUAGCAUAUCUCUUUAAAAGAGGUCAACAUUUCCUGUAGCAUAUCUCUUUAGAAAGUCAACAUUUCCUAUAGCAUAUCUCUUUAAAAGAGGUCAACAUUUCCUAUAGCAUAUCUCUUCAAAAAGGUCAACAUUUCCUGUAGCAUAUCUCUUUAAAAAGGUCAACAUUUCCUAUAGCAUAUCUCUUUAAAAGAGGUCAACAUUUCCUAUAGCAUAUCUCUUUAAAAAAGGUCAACAUUUCCUAUAGCAUAUCUCUUUAAAAGAGGUCAACAUUUCCUAUAGCAUAUCUCUUCAAAAAGGUCAACAUUUCCUAUAGCAAAUCUCUUUAAAAGAGGUCAACAUUUCCUAUAGCAUAUCUCUUCAAAAAGGUCAACAUUUCCUAUAGCAAAUCUCUUUAAAAGAGGUCAACAUUUCCUAUAGCAAAUCUCUUCAAAAAGGUCAACAUUUCCUAUAGCAUAUCUCUUUAAAAGAGGUCAACAUUUCCUGUAGCAUAUCUCUUUAGAAAGUCAACAUUUCCUAUAGCAUAUCUCUUUAAAAGAGGUCAACAUUUCCUAUAGCAUAUCUCUUCAAAAAGGUCAACAUUUCCUAUAGCAUAUCUCUUUAAAAGAGGUCAACAUUUCCUAUAGCAAAUCUCUUUAGAAAGUAAACAUUUCCUAUAGCAUAUGUCUUUAAAAGAGGUCAACAUUUCCUAUAGCAUAUCUCUUUAGAACAUUAAUAUUACCAAAGGUAGUAAAUCUAUUGGAUUCAUGAAGCUUAUAGAAACCAUCGACCUUCUUAAUGCAUUCAAGCCAAAUAACUCUCUGGCCAAGAUACUGUAUGUGUUAUUGUAAGCCUACACCAAAUCAAGGUCAAGUCAAAUCUACUGGCAGAUUCUGUCAGUAGAACACAAAAAGAACAAUGUUGGUUUGUUAUGAUAUUGCAAGUUGUACAGUCCAUUUUAGAGUAGAAACUUGAAAGUAACUUUCAAAUGUUGGAUUCAUAACAGUAGGACUAUUUGCAAUUGAAGAGGUAGUGUAGUAGUGAUAGUAUGAAUACUGUAGAAGUAGCAGUAGCAGUUGUUAUUGUAGUAGUAGUAGUUAUUGUAGUAUUAUUAGUAGCAUGUAUAACAGUGCUAGCUCCACUAGUAGUAGCACUUAUGGUAUGGGGAGCAGGAGUAACUGUAGCAACAGUGGUUGUAACAGCGUUAAUAGGUGACGGUAUCAUGGAAUCAACUGUCAAAGCAAUACUGAUGCCCCUGCCCCACACACACACACCACUGCAUGAAGGCCGCUCAUACACCCAAAGCAACCACACCUUUGACACACCUGCACCUGUGUCAAUGAAUCACAUGACCCCCAACAUGAGAACAGUGUUAAAGAGAGGACAUUUGUGUUUUGUUUUGUAAGAUGGCAGACCCCCGUCCUACUCCGACCCAUACGGACGGUGUCCCUAGAGGUCCAAAAUGCCGCAUGCCAAAUCCUUAACUCCAACUUUCCAUGGUCCUUCUUUUAUUGUGUACUUUUUAAACUGUUUGUAAAAGGAAGAGAAAAACUCAUAGGAAACCCAUUUGUCUGUUGUAAAGUCAGUGAAGCAGAUGAAUGAGUACAAUGUACAUUGUUGAAGAAGUACCUCUGGCGGAGUAUUAUGUGUUUGUUACAUACAGUAGAAUAAAAGACACAGCAGUGGGUCACAUGCAUUAUAUUACUGUAUGUACCUCUGUACAUGUAGUGUUUCCUAAUGGAGACUACGUCUGUAAUAAAAGCAUGCUCAAUUAAGAAUAUCUAUUGGAAUGUCUUUUUAAUCCAGGACUACACUGAUUCUGGGUCUGGGAAUCUGGACAAUAGUAUUGGAUUUCUGGUUUCUGUAUUGUGAAGCUUUCUAUGUACAGUUUGUCACCUGACUGUUUUAUUUUCAAGUCGUGUGGCAUUCAUUAUUGUAUGUCAUUGUAAGCAUUUUGCUGUGUGCCAAAUUUAUUCUAAAGGAUGUGAAUGUGUACUGUUGGUUUUUGGAACUUAUUAAAUAUAAUGAUGUCAAAACAAA